UGUGCCACAUUGUCCGCGAUGCGUAGAGAAACGCUGUGACGCCCCUGUGCAGUCGGGAAGAAAACGUGUACUACCGUGUGUUUACUCGACGGAUAUGCACACGUCAAGAUGACGUCCACCUUUCUUAUUACCGUUCUCUUAGGGGCUGGCUUAUUUUUCCUUUCCUCCACAUGGGCUGAACGAGUACUUGGCCUAUCCCCCCCGUUUUACAAUGGUUCGUUUCGGGCACUCGGUGAGAUCAUCAGGAUGAGUGAGGACUCCACCGUCAAAGAAAUAAUGUUCUUCGAGGAGCUCUACGACAGCACGAAUCUCAGAGCGGCGCUCAGAAUUCGCUCAGCUAACAAGACGUUCACCUACUUUCAAGACAUCGAGACCAGACAGACCUUUCUUCAUACGUCAUCAGCGCACAAUGCAACGUGUAACUUAAUUGGGACGAAGCCGAAGGGCGAUAUCUUCGGUCCACUGGUGACACAAGACGGAUGGCACUACUUCUACCUCAAGGAUCUACUAUCGUCUAAACUGUGGAAAACGACACCCGGUGAAGCCCACUAUCCAGCACGAAACAUGUCCUGUGACGUGUGGGUCAUAAACACCGAACACGCCGGGAAGCCUCUCAUCAUCGCCUUGGCAGUAAACUCAAUUUCAUGGGGCUCAACUACCGACACUAUACAGGCACCUGUGUCUGUUCGCAUACGUUAUGCUAAUAGUCAAGACGAAGACCAGACUGAAAUUAAUGUAUUCAACUUCGCCGCUCUGGGUGACAGCAUUCACGACGACCUUCUGCAGCUUCCAGAUGGUGUCUUCUGUGGCGGAUACAAAAAGGCAGUCUCUCUGCCUCCAAUUCGUGAUUUGAAGAUUUUCAACUACCGCGUGGAGAUGACCUCGUCCCGAAACAAUGCCACGCACUAUAGUGACGUUUGGGUCGAUCUAGACCGCACGUUGUACCGAAUAGAUUACGCGCCCAUAAAUGGCACCUUUGUGCGGCGUAGGAGAGCCCUUAUCGUAUCUGGAAACGAAGACGCAAUCUACCAGAUAAUUCAGAAGAGCAACACACGUUGCCAUGUUAAAAGCAUACUUGACUUGGAAUUCGAUGUCCAAAUGAUCGCCGAUCCAAGCUACAUCAAGCACAUGACACCGGCAACGUUUUUCGGCGGUGACGACAAUGACAUAAAGUUGACAUACAAGAAACAGACGGUGAAGCGAGGAAUCCCGUGUCACAUGUGGGAAGUACUGCGCACGGACUGGCCUCCCGGCUCGGACGGCAUCUCUACGCUGUGGGAGUGGUGUUUCGUGGUGCCCAAAGGGCAAGAGGGAAAACGUGCAUCUGGCGACACAUACAUGGUGAGCCUCGAUUUAACAGUGAUUAGGGUCUCGAGUGACGGCGAAAACCCCUUGUCUCUUGAGGAAGGCACUCGCUUCAGCUACAGCUUGUACGACUCGUUCAAGAAUCCGCCGGAACUGAUCAAUUUGCAUGGCUUCGACAUCUCGUCUUGUUACAAAGGCAACAAUUCGCUGAACGCCUUCCUCGAGGUGAAACUUUCAACUUCCGACUAUUCGACGCUGUCAUCUUCCUCUACACUCAACGACCCUAAGUUUUUGUCUGCUUGGCGUGAAGCGCUCGACCAGGCUUGCUUUCUUUCGGACCACUCCUUGCGCAUCACGCGCAUCAAAGGGUAUUUCUCGGAAGAUGGCACACUGUUUGUCACCUUCUUGUUGCUGGACCGAUUCCCUGCUGACGCAAAGGUAGGGAUUGAGGACACACAAGUCAGCAUCGAGGAAAUGAAAGACAACUUGAACAAAUCGGUCAGCGAAGGCAGGCUUGGAAUUACGUACAAAGAGGUGAACCUUACAGCAUCGUCUUGGGGCUUCGGACUGCCCCUAACGCCGAAACCACAACCUGUACCUCCGUUAACAACCGCGACGCCUGGUCCCAGGCCAACGACCCCUGGGGCGGUUACUACUCCGACCGAGGAAGUAAAAACUCCGGCCGAGGAAAUGACUACAGCGGCAUCUUCGAGUGCGACUUCUUCUUCCAGCGCCCCCACAUCUUGGGAGAUCAUCACCGACCCUGUGGUUACGGACCACAAGCCCCAUGACUGGGACACUACAACGUCUGCGUACCACGUCAUAACCGAAAUUCCGCUGGCCUACUCAACCUACACGACGCGCUACUCUCCUGGAGUAGUCGGGGGAACGACGGCGGGGCUCUUCGUGCUGGGAACGCUCAUCGGGGCGUCGGCUACCUACGCGAAGAGCGUGUUCUUUCCAACCGCUUCGCUUCCCACGACGGUGUUUCACUGAACAACGAAAUCUCAGCGACCGCGCAGGCACUCCAGCACAAGAUGGCCAAUGCUUGCCCCCCCCCCCCCCCCCCCCCCCUGAGCUGUUCAUUUAUGGAGUAAGGAAAUUGACGCGAAAGUCCGCACACCUUAAUUUUCUCUUGCACGUUGUACGCGAUGGUCUGAUCUAUAUUUAGCUGUAGGGUAUCAGGUGGACAGAUUGGAACCACGUGCUUUAUGGCAUUCCACCUCGCUUAUAUAUGGACGAAGGCAUAAGAGUGAUGAAAAAUACUCGGGAAAAUAUGCUGGUUAACGCGUGCGACAAUGAAGAACCAGAUAGUGAAUGACCGGAUGUCAUAGGUUAACGCGGGGCGCUGCCGCAGUGAUCUCUCCUCGCUUGCACGUCUUGCGCUUGCCAUAACUUGUGCAAUGCUCGUGACAGAUAAGAUUGCGGCACUCGAUGUAAGAGGCGCUAAAUGGCUCAACCUUUUGCUGCAAUAUGCUGCUCAUUUCUUCAUGUCACGUAUGUGCUGCAAAUUUGUGAGCCUUAUUUCUGUGCAUUGAUUAGAGAAAACAAACUGGCAUUUUUUUUUUUCGGGUCCAGUUUCGAGUCCAAAUAUCCUUUUCUUUCCCUUUGCAGUAUUUCUGCUUUGCAGAUACGUUAACGUUAAAAGAAGCAAACGUGGACGUUAGAGAGGCAAACGCGAAACCAAGCAAUGAUUUGGCUACAAUGUUAAAUAGCAUUAGAAAUAAAAUCGGGCUAAACAUACAAAGGGGCAAUAUGAAAAGCGACAUUACAACUCCAUAGCGCUCCCAAUUCAACCAACCGCCGAGCACGCCGCCGCAGCAGCUCCCUGUGCGCCACAUUGUUGCUGCAGCCAAUUCUCUCCCGACGUUCUCAAUGUGCUCACUUUUUACAUUCUCAUCAGCAGUCGAGCGCCCUCUGUCAACAUUGUCUGAAAUUUGUACUUUUGCACCAGAUGACUUUACAUUUCGGAGUUCCUAUAAUCUCCAGAUUAUAUUGAGGUUGAAGCGAUGGCGAAUAAAUGAUAGAAAAGUUUUGAGGGACAUCUAUGAACGGGAGGACUGCCCAAAAGAGAGUUUUACCUCACUUCAUGCUUCAGAAGGAUAUGAAGGUUCUCCUAGAACCAUGCGGCGCGUUAGACAGAGCGUCGGAAAUAAAGAUGGUUGUUCUCCA